CAAUUAAUAUAAUACAAAAGCUUAGUGAAUAUAUAUUGAAUUUACUAUUACUAAGUCUUGAAUAUUAAGAACAGUUUCAAUAUGAUUACUAUUAGUUAUACAGUCCAUUAACUAAUUACUUUUUGGAUUAUUAAAACCUUAUACUACAUGUCAUACUACCUGAUUGUGGAGCUGUCCUGCAGAUACGCAACGAGACGGCAAACAAAAUCAACUCUAGUGAGUGAUAUCUUUAGUGUAGCUUUACUUAAUUAGUAUAGCCCAACAUAUAGAUAAACUACUAUACAGAUCUUAUACUGAGACUGAUACAUUAUCAAAUAAUAUAUAGAACUGCCUGAUUUAUAUUAUAUUAUAUUGAAUUGUAUUGCUUUACACUAUAAAACUAGAUCAAACAUAUUCAACAUCAAAAACACUAAACCUUAAUAUCACAGUACAAUCUAUAAAUACGCAAUAAAUAAAGCCAAUGUCUGAAUCAGAAAACACAUUUCGACAACAGUUAAACAACUGGAAUCGAACUUCAACUACUACCAAUGUGAAUAAUAAUAAUAAUACUAGCAUUUUUGGAAAUAGAGGUAGCGGACCUGUAUUUUCAGAAUGGACAGACUAUGUCAAAUCAAGCGCCAAUAAUUUAUAUACUAGAUUACCUAUGACAAAUCAAGAUCAACAGAAUCAAAUUCAAGAACCUUCAUGGUUUAGAUUAAGUAGAUUUGAGAAAAUUAUUGGAUUUUCUGCUUGUUUAGCUUCAUCUGUAUUAUGUUUUGUAUUAUGUUUCUUUAUGUUCCCAGUAUUGGCAUUAAGACCUAGAAAAUUUGCAUUAAUUUGGACUCUUGGAUCAGUAUUAUUUGUAUUAUCAUUUGGUAUACUUCAAGGUCCAAAUAGUUAUGUUAAACAUUUAAUAUCAAGAGAACGAAUUAUAUUUACAACUAUCUUUUUCAGUUCAAUUUUAUGGACUUUGUAUGCAGCUGUUAUUUUAAAGAGUACUUUAUUAACUAUUUUAGCAAGUAUUGUUGAAUUUAUUGCAGUUUUAUAUUAUUCAUUAAGUUAUUUCCCAUUUGGUGCUACAACUGUUACAUGGUUUACAAGUUAUGUUAUAGGAUAUUUAGGAGGAUUAAUUGGUGGUGUUCUUUAAAUAAUGAUCAAUUUUAAAUACUUUUAUUUCAUUAAUGUAAUUAAUUUCAUUUAUUUAAACUUGUACUCAUAAAUAAUAUUUAUUUAAUAUAUUAUAUGAUAAUGUCAAUUAUAAUAUUAAUUUAUA